AUUAUGGCCGAUAUCUAUUGAAAACAAAAUAAUAAAAUAAGUAUUUUGUUUUGCCAACAAUUCUGUUUUAUUUACAAUUAAUUUUAAUCAAUUUCAAACACCGGAUCUAUAAUCAGUCAUGAGCUUUGAUCCGACCACAUAUGAAGAGACCAGUUUUGAUGCCAUACUUCCCGCUAAAGAACUCAUCAAACAAAUCAAACAAAGUUAUAACAAUAACAAAUACCCACUGGUUGUAGAUAUCGGGUGCGGUCCGGGAAACACCGUAAAACUCUUGGACAAUGAGCUCAAACCGGAACAGAUCAUCGGUAUAGACAUCGACACAGAGAUGAUAUCAUUUGCCAAACAAAACAAUGGACUGAAAAACAGCGAAUACUACGUGCAGGACAUCGGCGCAGACUUUGACAAAUGGGAUCAAAGUCUUCAGAAAGUGAGCGGAAAAGUAUCCGUCAUUUUCUCCAACUAUGCGCUCCAUUGGGUUCGAGAUGUGGAGACGGCCGCCAAAAACAUGUCGCGACUCCUAUCUAACACCGGGAUCAUUGUCGUUGACAUACUAUAUGUCGGUGAUAUAUACCGUAAUGUGAGUGUCGAGCAAAGGGCUAAAUACGAGCAGUGGCUCCGGUAUCCCAGCGAACAGGAGGUGAUCGGCCGGUGGAUGUCGGCCCUCAAAGGCGCCGGACUCACACAGAUUGACAUUAAAUUCUGGAGACCGAAGUGCAUAUACCCUGAGAAAGUAUACGACGAGUUCAUUCAGUAUCCCAUCAAUUGGUAUAAACAGUAUCUGAAAGACAAUGUGGACUCCGGUGUCAAUGUAGACGACCUGUUAAAGGAUCUCAUACUGAAAGACAGGGCCAGAAAAAUGUCUGAAAAGUCACCCAAAGGUGAAGACCUGAUUGAAAUCAAACAGGAAUUAUGGAAUUUUGUGAUCAGAAAAUAA